CUUUUCUUCCCGCCCCAGGUCCUCAUUCCGAGGAGGCAUCAGUUCAGGCCGGCGAAAUGAGACGGGCCGGCCCGCCCUGUGAUUGGCUGCGCCGCGGAAGCCGGCUGGGCGCUCAUUGGCCGCCGGUGUCGGCGGCUCAGCCGCACCUGGCCCACCUGGGCGGGGGCCGGGGGAGCAGAAGCGGCAGAGCUCUCGGGGCGGGCCCGGGUGAAAAAAGAAUGGAAAACCUUCCAGACGCAGCUUCUCUGGCAACAAAGCUGAAAAAUACUCUAAUCCAGUACCACAGCAUUGAAGAUAGUGAAUGGCGAAUUGCUAAGAAAAUGAAAGAUGCAACUGUGUGGCGGAAGCCAUCAGAAGAAUUCAGUGGAUACCUCUACAAAGCUCAAGGAGUUGUAGAAGACAUUACUAACAGAGUAGUAGAUCACAUUCGUCCUGGACCUUCUAGACUAGAUUGGGACAACUUAAUGACUACAAUGGACAUUGUUGAAAAGUUUGAAGAGAAUUGCUGUGUAAUGCGCUACACCACUGCUGGCCAGCUGUGGAACAUCAUUUCCCCAAGAGAGUUUGUUGACUUCUCUUACACUACUCAGUACGAAGAAGGGCUUCUAACCUGUGGUAUAAGUCUAGACUAUGGAGAGGUGAGACCUAAUUUUGUCCGUGGAUUUAAUCAUCCCUGUGGCUGGUUCUGUGUCCCUCUUAAGGAUCAUCCUGAACAAAGUCUUUUGACGGGCUUCAUCCAGACUGAACUGCGAGGGAUGCUUCCUCAGUCCGCAGUAGAUACUGCCAUGGCUAAUACCCUGGCAAACUUUUACUCUGACCUCAGAAAGACACUGAAAACAAUCAGCUAUUGACCUUGAUUUCCAUACAUGUCUUGCAAUCAUCUGUUCCUCCUUCCUCUAUUGUAUCAAAGCUUUGAUUAGGUUAGCAGGUGCUGCCGAGGGGGUAUGCAUACAUCCCUGGCUCAACAUGUGGGUUUGUGUUCCUUGCUGAGUUCUGAAAAUGUACAGUGUACAGACUGAACAUACAAAAUCAUCUGCUUCCAAGGAAGAUAGCUCAGAAUUGGGGCUUAACUCUGGUAAAUACUGAUUGACCUAAACUCUCAGUGAAACGGGGAGUGGAUGGGUACUCAUCAUUUUGCAAGUUCAAACCACCUGUGCUGCCAACAUUUCAUUGAAAAUUGAAUUUUAUAGUAUAUGCUUUUUAUUUUAAAGGCACUCCUUUAAAAGAUUAAGAAAGAUAAUCUGUAUGUGCAUUUUCUACUUUUUAUACAUUUUAGUUAAAUCCAAAAUGACAUUUUAAACAAUCUGUAUUAAGGCUCAGAGUGGAAUUCCCCAAAGGGAUAUUAAAUUAGGUAUUAUUUAAAAACUGAGCUCUUAUUUGAGAUCUAAAGAGUCACAUUAGCAAAUACCUAUGUUGGCAUUUCCUAAAUAUUAGUCUUAUCUAUGACUGAGACUUUUUAAAUACAGUAGUUAUGUCAAGAUGCUAAAUAUUUAGUAGGAAUGCAUUUUUAUAACUGCUCAGAGCCUAUUGAUGUCAACAGGAGUCUUUCCAUGGUUUUCAUUAGUGACGGAUCAGGCCCACAUUAAUCAAAGCACAAAACGCCAAGACAUCCAUCCAUUAUCCCUUUGUGCAAUCUAGCUUUUAAAAGCAGAAAUGUAUGUAUGUAUCUAAAUCUGCAUCUACUGUAGAUAGGGUUUCCAAUAAUAACCAAAAAACCCAAACCCAUUUUCCCCACAGUUCAAUUUAAAAAAAAAAAAAAUAAAAUCAGUAACAUUUUUAAUUCUCUCCUCCACCCCCUAUAUUUUUCUUGUGGAUUAUAUCCUCAAAUUUGUUGAGGUUAAAUUCUACAUCUGUCUUUAUCAGCUCCUUCUGUAUCCAAUGUAGUAGUUUACAGCUUUUCCCCAUGUUAAAUGACUGGACAUUCUCUGAAUUGAAAAUUGGAGUAACUAACCACACUAAAAUGCUCUGCAAACAUGAAUAUUUUGCGGUUUAAAAAAGGUCUUGAACUUGGGUAACCAACAAGCAGAAACCCGAACUCUAGUCUCAGCCUAGUCCUCAGAUGGCUUUGAAUAAGUUUUUAGACAGAGGUGGUAGCUGCCUUAGGCUCUGACAAUUCCAUUGGAUACCUCGCUACAUCUUUAGGUGCCUAAAUAUCUUAAAGUUUGGCCCUGAGCAUUUAAUAGUAUUUUCUAUGCAUCUUUCACUUUAGGGAAAACUACGUAGUUACCCAUGCAACACUACAAAUGCUUAAUGGGUAUGUAGUUUGUUUGAUUAGAGUUUACUUUAGUUGUGUGGUAGAUGCAGUGAAUACAUUUUAAUUUUUUAUAAUUUUCAGUGACGGAAAUAUAGCAAGUAGCAUACCAUAAGUGAUGGAGAACUACAGGCAGCUUAAUUAUCAUACAUACAGCAAGCUUAAAGGGAUGUGCAGAUAAAAGUAGGCCUAAUAUUUAGAUUUGAUUGAAACCAAAAUUCAGAAACCUCUGAUCAACAAAGUUAAUCAAAAACAAGUGUUAAUAGAAACUCAGUUUUCCUCUGCAGCAUUUGCAGCCCAUUCAGAGCACUGAGCUUUAUCUAAACAAACAAGUAAGUUAUUUGGGGGAAAAAAGGAAUAAAUAGUGGAAACAGAUCUUAAAAAAUCCUCACUUUGAGGUGUUUAGUGGAGAUA